GCUGCGGUUGCCGUGGAGUGAGUUGUUUGAUCGUUCCUUUCGGUUGGACAGCAUGUGUUUGGAUAAAAUCGCGACGUAACACUCACUCGCUGUCGCCAAUGGAAGCGGUUGACCAUCCCCGAGAGGAUGCGUCACAGGCCUUAGUUCCCUCUCUCUGGACGAGAUCCCUCUUGGCCGGAGCGGUCGCCGGUCUCACGGUUGACGUCUCUCUCUUUCCUCUUGAUACCAUCAAAACCAGACUCCAACAAGCUCGAAAGCGCCAAGUUAACUCCAGUUCGAGCCCGUCGGCCAAAACUGGGCUACCAUUACUCCGCCAGACCUUCCGAGGCAUUUAUGCCGGCUUGCCGUCGGUGCUCCUAGGGUCCGCGCCAUCCGCUGCGAGCUUCUUCGUCGUUUACGAUGGUGUGAAACGCCUCCUCCUUCCCCCUCGACAUUCAACUGAAAAUAUACCGGUAUCAUGGCAGCAUUCGGUGCUCACGCACUCUCUCGCCUCGUCCAUGGGAGAAGUGUCUGCUUGUGCAAUCAGAGUCCCCACCGAAGUGAUCAAGCAGCGGGCUCAGGCCGGACUAUUUGGCGGCUCCACAUUGUUAGCUCUCAAAGACAUCCUUUCUCUGCGUCAUGGUGAUUUACCAGGUGGAGGCAAGGGAAGUUGGAGACUGGUUCUCCGCGAACUGUAUCGAGGGACGGCAAUUACUAUCUCGCGCGAAAUCCCGUUCACCAUCUUACAGUUUACAAUGUGGGAACGGAUGAAAGAUGCAUAUGCCUCGUGGAAGCACAAAUCAGACCCUACGGCCCCUGUAUCGGCGACUUCGAGUGCCUUCUUUGGCAGUAUUGCUGGCGCGAUUUCUGCGGGUUUGACGACUCCGCUCGAUGUGGUUAAAACGAGAGUCAUGCUGGCUCGAAGAACUGGGAGCGGUGACGGUGCAGGAAAGAUCAGGGUGAGGGAUGUUGUACAGGGGAUUUGGAGGGACGAAGGGUUUGGUGCGUUUUGGAGGGGCAUUGGCCCACGUGUCGCUUGGAUUGGGAUUGGGGGUGCAGUGUUUCUUGGAAGCUAUCAACGGGCGUGGAACUUACUUGAAGGCAGGAAGCUUAAAAGGGAACGUGCUGAGUUGGAUUUGUAAGAAGCGCAGUGCGUACUGCGGGUUGGAUUUGGUAUGUCCAAUGCCAUAGUAUUCAAAUU